CAUAUAACGGGAACUAUACACAAUGAAGAUAGCAAUGAAGACGGAGAUAGCACAAUGGAGGUCGUCCGUUAAUAAGAUAAUCAAUAUCAACUUGUUAAGAGAUUAUGCAAAUGAGUUAUUGAGCGGCGACAUCUGAAUGACGACUGAGCGUUGGUUACCAAAGUGAAUAAGAAGCGAUGAUUAUGUGUUCAUGUUGUGAUGUCUCCUCAUAAAUGUAAGACACGAUAAGACUAUAUCAUCAAGACUUUGAUGAGACUUAUCUGAAACUUUUCUAAGUCUUUACGGAGGUAUGGGUUUGAAUGAGCACUGUCACGGCAUUUCCCCCUAGCUAAUAGAGCGGCUUAUAUACAUCUUAAAAACCACAAAAGACUCCUGGCUACGGCUUCUCCACGGGAUUUCUUUAUUCACUGAGUUUGAGACCCCUAACGAUGAUGAGAGACAGUCUUGCGACUCCUGGUUCACCAGGGAAGAUUCCACUUGAACGCACUGCUGAUCUGCUCACACCAAACCGAAAACAUCGGUCAUCAGGGAUGAAGUCAGCGAAUUCACAGAGAAGUGCGUUUACCGGGUCGUCAGCAGCGUUUUCUCCGUAUCCUCAGGUUUCAAAAGGUUCCAUGGCUGGCAAGCAUCAGAGUGACCAGGCGUCUCAAGCAGGCAGUAUGGGUGCUAGACUGGAGGAUGAGAUGAACAAUGAUCACUUACAGAAGUUGCAGGAAAUUUUUGAGGAGGCAGAUGAAGAUGGAGGAGGAGGCCUGGACAUCGAUGAGUUUCGUCAAGCAAUGAGGAAAAUUAUGGGAGAAGGAAUGAUGGAAGAAGUCGAUGAUAAAGAGCUGGCUAUUGUCUUCAUGAAGGUCGAUGCAAACUGUGACGGAACAGUGGACUGGGAUGAAUAUCUGUCGUACAUGCUGAUGGAGUAUCAGGAACGAGAUCACAUGAGUAAUCUAUUUAAAGAGAGAAUACCCUUCCCGAAGCCGCUAAGAGAAAUCCACAGUAACCAUCGUGACAUGCUCACAAAGGUUGGUUUCUAUCAAAACCUUAACCUUCGCCAUGGUAACCUGCAUGAGGAGGGAGAACAUGGAGGCCGCUAUAUAUCAGUCAGCAAAGAAGGUGUUAUCAACUUCUGGAGCAUGGACAUGCACUUACAACGCUCAGUCGCGAUAGAGCAACCUCGGGAGAAGACGAAGCCUAUGUGGUUAACAGACAUGGUCUGCAUGCCUAACGUGAACAUGAUCGCUGUGUCAUCUACAGAGAGAGAUAUCAGUUUUUACGAUGUUAAUGCGACCAAAUUUGAUCGGUGUUUUCAAGUCUCUGGACUUGAUAACUGCGCGCUGACGAUGGACUACUGGUUUGAUCCACGUAACAUGAACAAAGCGGUGUUGGUGUUCGGUGAUGCAGGAGGUAAUGUGUGCUGUAUCGUCUUCACAGAAGCAAUGGGGUCUGCGCUCUUUGGUUCACAGAAUGCAAAAUCAGUUGGUUCCAGGAGGGUUCCCUUUCCGGAACUUCUCAAAGGGAGUGUCAAAGGAGUGGUUGCUAUGAAAUUCUCGCCCCUUCAUGAGGAUUGGGUACGGAAGGUCAAAUACUGUAGCAAUCUGAACUCAUUCAUCUCAUGCGCUACGACCAACGAAUCCUCCAUCUACAUUGGUGAUCUGAGCAGAAAGAAAUCUGGGUCGUUUUUCAAAAUCAGGAAAGGUAUUCUCUGUUUUGACUACUGCAAAGAAACAAACAUGAUUGUUACCGGAGGAAUGGAUCGGUCUGUACGGACAUGGAAUCCCUACGUGACUACCAAAGCGACCUCCGUCAUGAAAGGUCACACGUCAGCUGUCGUACACAUUGUUGUCAAUAGUACGCAUGGGCAGAUCAUUAGCGUUGGCAAGGAUAAGGGUGUCAAAGUGUGGGAUAUGAGAGACCAGACUUGUAUGCAGAAUAUCAAUCCGCGUAGUAUCAACAUGGGACCUCAUUCCAUAAGUACAGUGUGCUUCCAUGCUAAGACAGGAUCACUCAUUCUGGGUACUAAUCAGAUCGCACUUUUGGAACACAAAUGGGAUGCUGAUGCUGAAGACGACGAUGUGACGUCUCAUAACCGACCAAUCACAGCAGCGAUCUAUAAUCACCUGUUCAAUCAGGUGGUCAGUGCAUGCCAUGAUUCUGUCGUCAGUGUUUGGGAUUUAGCCACCGGCACCAAGACGAUCAUGUUCUCAAAAGCUCAUAAAUACAUGGAGAAAGGUGUUGAGAAGUGUGCUGAGAUAACAGCCAUGACCUUUGACCCAUCGUACCGGAGACUAGUGACGGGUGGACGUGAUGGAUCUGUGAAGAUUUGGAACUUUAAUAAUGGCGCUUGUCUGAGAGAGUUGGAGACAUUUGACACGAUGGAGGUAACAGGUAUUGUUUGCCCAAAGCAGCGCAUUGUGACUGCCGGAUGGAAUAGACGAGUAACCUCCUACAUUGACUCUGACGACGACGAUGAUUCGCGUCAAUGGAUGCUCAAACACAACGAGGACAUUUUGUCCCUUGCAGCAUACGACACAAGUAUCAUUGCAACGUCUUCAUACGACGGCGACAUCAUCAUAUGGUCCUUAGAGACCGCCCAGCCACUGUGUAGACUCAAUGCCAGUGAUGGUGUCAGUCCGCGUACCGGUAGCAGGACAAUCAAUUACAGUUCUAAGACUGCAGGUAGUAGUACCAAAUCAGCAGACGUGACGCGGCUGACACGUCGAAGAAGUGCAGCAUCCAAUGCCAGCUCAGCGUCUGAUGCAGAUAGCUCAGACGGUGUAAUAGGAAAACACAAAGCAAGCUCUCACAAGACUCUCCUAAAACGUCAAAGUACUAAGGCCUUGUUUGACCCUGUUGAGACAUCCAAAGCAGUCAACGAUUCAGAAGACGAGCCGAGCUACCGAAGGACCAGUCUCCCUGCUAUCGGCACACCGAAGGCUAGCUUCGUAAAUACCAGUCAGAAGCGAUCCGAGGGAGUCAAAGAGGAUUCCCAGACGUUCUUCACGGAGAGUAUGAGUAACUUCAAGCAGAGGGCUCCUAGUGGACGUACUGCUAGUUCGAGUAGGAAGUCGUUCUAUGUAGACGUAGAAGACUCAAAGGAAUACACGAAGAAACAUGAAUCAGCCGUUGACAAGGUGAUAUUCCUUCAGUCCCGACCCAACGAUAAGGACACAGCAACCCUAAUGGCCAGCGGAGCAGAUGGCUGGGUUCGUGCCUGGUCGGUCCAUCAUAAAGGCGGACUACUCGGUCAGUUUAACGCGGCACAGAAGGGCGGUGGAGAAUCAGUUCUUGCAAUGACUACAGAUUCAGAGAAUGAGUUUUUGAUCACUGGAGAUACAUCCGGGUACAUCAUGGUUUGGGAUAUCACAGACUAUUGCAUCGGAAGCAGCACCGCGCCCCAGGCUCGUGUACCAUCAGCCGCCUUACAACACAUGCGCAAGGACAGUAAAUUCCCAUUCCGAGGCGGCAACCCGACCAUACUCAAGCUUCAAGAGCGGAUGGAGAAGAAACAGCGAGCUGAAAUGAAACCGCCCCCAUCGGCCACCAAUCCUAGAGAGACUAUCAAAUGGCCGAAGAAGCUGAACUCGUUCCGUGCGCACGUGGCAUGUGUUACGCACAUAGAGUAUUGUGAAGAUAAGAGUUUGAUUGUAUCUAGCAGUGACGACUGUUCUGUGAGGUUAUGGACACUCUGUGGACGAUACAUAGGAACCUUUGGUCAAUUUGGCGGUUGGCAGACACUCCCUGAAGAGGUCAUUCCUAAAGAGUUACCCCGUCGGUUACCACGCGACGUUCAUCGAGUUGCCUCAGCUGUGACAUUGAAGGUGUUGAAUGGAGGCAUUAUGCCAAGAUGGAAGCUAGCUAAGAACAUCAUGAUGAUAGUGGCUCGCAACCAGCUUGCUAAAGCUGCACAAGGCAUUGAUGAUUCGUCUUUAGAAGGUGAUGACGGAAAACUACUUGGUGAGAAGGCACAUGAUAGCGGCAAGGCCAGCCUCGGGACUAGCACCAUCUUGGGCAAAUCUUACAAACCUAAGACAAGACACAAGAUGCCACCUACAUUACCUGAGAUCAAACAGAAUCAGAACCAGGUUGUCGUGUAUUCUUCCCUUCCAUUCACCGAUCUUGAGCCCGUCGAAGAAAUCAAGGUUCCCACUACACUACACGAGAUUCAGUUACGUCAGCAGCAAUCUAUGGAAGCAAUGCGCGGGGCUGAGAACGGAUUAGCCGGGGGCGCACUCGGCAAGAAACACGGUGGGAAACGGUCUCGUCUACAGGAAUUCUUACAGAAACAGAAGGCGGUACGGAUUCUGACUAAAGGAAAACUGGGCUUAACGGCUGCAGCCGCAGCUGCAAAUAAAGGGGGAAAAUAAGGCAAAAUAAAGACUAUUUAGGUGUGGACUCCAAGUUGGAGGACGGAUUGAGGACUUACAAGGAAGCACGACUGAUCCAUCAUUAUACAACAAAUGAAUUCCCCUUUUUUCCAGCAAUUAACAGAAUAAGAUACCAAUACAUAAGUAUGUUUACUAUUUUAUUCACUAUACUCAUUUGAAACGUGUAAUUCUCAGCCUAAUAUGUUUUAUUUCUAUACCUACAUGUAGUGUACAUAUUGUGGAAGUUGUAAAUAUUUUAUUAAAAAAGAUCUACAAGUGCAGCUCUUAUUAUAAGAAAAGGUAAAAACACAAAACGAAGAAGAGUAUGAGUUCUUUAAAGUGUACAUAUACAUUAAUCAGGGGAAUGGUAACUAGAGUACCCGUCUCUUUUCGUAACAAUUACCAAGGAUUAAGUCGAAUGCCUUUAUCAUUUAACUGGGAUUAUUUCAGACAGUGGAUCGCCAUAUGGUCGAUAAUCAACGUAUACUAAUUCAAGUCAUUUGACCCGGCCAGCGUUUUGAUAUAAAUUUAUUGUUUUGUGACUCAAAAUCUGGCCUUGGUUUUUCAGGUUUUUUUGACCAAAAUAUAGACGGAAAUAAUUUUAAUACAAAUGAUGAGUGCAAUAUUUUCUUAUUGUAGAUACACUGUAAAUACUUGCUGGUUUGUAAUGUCGUAUGAACGAUAGAUUAGAAACUACAUCUGGACAGUUUGGGAUUGUAUAUAGAAUUAAAUAACACCUAUGUCGUUGAGAAAAUUA